GAAAAGACUAAUUAGUUAUUUGUUGUAUUUUUUUCUCCACAUGUACCUGGGUAAUGCGAUGUUUUUUCUAGGAACGUACGAGCAUGCAAUAACUUCUCAAUUUAUUUACGGAAAGUAAUUACGUGUCAGCAGAAAUGAUUACGUGGCAUUGUCCCGUGAACACGUGUCACCAGAGACUCCUACGUGCCAGCGAAGAACACUAGCGCUCCCAUGCGAAAACAAACAAGGGUAAAGCUCAAGAUUCUUCCUUUGUGGCUAACCAUAAAAGGAAAGCGAAGCAAUCUUCCAUCUGUAGGCAAAUCCACUUUUGGAUUCUAACCAUCUAACAGGAACGAUGGAAAGUCCCUUUGUGGGUUGGGGUUGGAAACGUAGAGGAGACUUCUCCUCCGACGACAUGUGGAACCCAUAUGGCGGUGGAUGGGGCUCGAUAGAUUAUCGUGGUGAUCUCGGCGGCGGCACCAGAGAUGAAACCAGUUCCCUGGCUCAUGUUAAUGUUGACUGGCGUGAGACCGACAAUGCUCAUAUCUUUCGUGCUGAUCUUCCUGGGGUGAGGAAGGAAGAGGUGAAGGUGCAGGUGGAAGAUGGCAACAUACUGCAAAUAAGUGGGGAGAAGGUGAAGGAACAGGAAGACGCAACCGACAAAUGGCACCGUGUGGAGCGUCAGCGAGGUGGCUUUGUAAGGCGGUUCAGGAUCCCGGAGAAUGCUAACGCUGAAGACAUCAGAUGCAGCCUUGAAAAUGGAGUCUUGACUGUCACUGUGCCUAAGAAACAAGCUGGCCAAAUCCAGCGUGAUGUUAGGUACAUCAACGUGGCCUAGGUUUUUGCAUCCCUAAACCUGGUCUAGGCAAGUUUUUUCAUGGAAUAAGGGAGAUGUGGUCUAGUAGAAUAUGGACAAGUGAUUUAGUUUGUGCAUGGAAUAAGGGAUGUUUAUGUGUGUGAAGGUAAAGAGUGUUGUGUUUUGGCCAGUUGAAGAGCUGUUACAUGAAUUAUAUUGAUAAUAAUAAGCA